CAUGGCUUCCUCUAAAAAUGGAUGCCCGAUUAAAGGCUUCGUUUUCUUUUUCUCUUGCCUUUUCUUUUUUUCUUAGUUUGCGUGCGUAUGUAUAUAUGCGAAAAGGCACGAAAACCUCUGUCAAACGGAAUAAUUAACGACCUUGAUCCUCUGACGUGUUACACAUGCGAAUAUCACUUACGCAGAAUGAAGUAAUAUAGUCAACGAUUUCGUGCAAAUUUCAGGGUAUGCGGGUUUUAAGUAUUCAACGAGAAAAUCAUUGAUUUUAUCGAGCAGGAUGAUCACUAGAGACACCGCGGUUGCAAAGGAAUUAAAAGCCUGUGAAUUUUUACCCAGCUCGAUUUAGUCCGGAUUUAUUGUUAGAAUUCCACGUGCAGACUUGUCAGAAGCUGUGCGAAAACAGAAGGAAACGAGAGAACGAGCGGAUCGACGUGCACGAGGGUAUCCGAAUACGAGGAAGCUGAAACCGAGCAAGAUAGAUAAAGAGAGCAGGAGUGUUGUCGCGAGGAAGAGAGCGAGAAGCUAACGUGACUUGGAUAGAGAAAGGGAAACAGUGUGAGACAGAGAGAGGAAGAAAGAGAGGAGAGACUCAGACAGAGGGACUCAAGGUCGGCGAAGUCGGUUGUUUCCGUCGGAGUUCGGCGUCUAAAAUUGUGUAUUGGCUUGGCGCGGUUCUGCGGCCUUCGCGAACGUGGCCGCUUCUCCCACAGAAAAGUCAAGUUCAAGGCUAACCAGAUAUCGCGAUACGCUCGUUUCUCUCUUUCUUUUUUCAUUCUAUGUUCUUUCCUUCCGUCUGCGUUUUGGUAACUGUUUAAUCGAACGGAUUAUGGAGCGAUUCGAAGAAUGUGAGAAAAUCGAGAAUCACCGAUGACUCGUAGGCUUCGUAGUUCGAUAGAGUCGAAUCGAGCUGACGCUUAUGCAAUCUCAAUCUUUUUUCUUCUUUGUCUCUUUAAACUUUUCUCGUUUCGAUCACUCCUGUUUUUCUUUUUUUCCCCCCUAUUGUUUCGUUGCAACGUGUUUUUCAAUUCUGACGAAUCGCUCGUAACUUGAGGGGAGUCGUAUCGCUGUCGUUUCGUCAUGGUCGUCAUUAUGUAUCGUGGUUGAGUGUUCCGCGCACCGUGUCGGUUUUUAUUUCAUUAAUCUAAACGUGGGAGAUGUGCACGUCGCGUCGCACACGUGAAGCACUUCGCACGACUAGUCAAGUUCGAGGUUAACCACAUACUUCGAUGCCUCGUUCUUUUCUUUCCUUUUCUAAUCUCUUGCUACCGUUUUUCCUUUUUCCCCGUCUGCCCCUCGAUCGCCAUACGAUUAACGAUUCUUGAUCUUUAUCGAUUUCUGCCGUUGAAAUAAACUGUCGGUUGAAAUGGAGUGUAAUCGGAAAAAGCUUUUGACCAACUCGGCAUUAAUGCGAGCUGUGGUCUAAUAAAAUCUGCAUCCCGUGUUCGGCUCGAGUGCCUUUCUCCAUUAUUCGUUUGUUGAGAGGUUAGACGACGAGCCCCACUCGAAAUUAAAAUCGAGCGAAUGAUAUCGGUAUCGAAAAUCGUCACGUUGCAAUGAUAAGGUUUGUAUGAUGCCCGGUGGCGGCACCGAAAAUAUGAUUGGAAAUAAUAGGACCAUGGCGAAUAUUAAACAAGAAAUUGAGAAUCCUACGACGCCUACGCAAAACUAUCAAGUUUGUUCACCGACCACUACGCUUCAACAUCAAGAGGUGAUUUGUAGCAAAAUAGAAGUACCAGCCGAUUAUGGAGGAGGCGAAGGUAGUCCUGGUAGUCCGGAAAUGCACCAUUGUUCGUCGACCACGCAGCCUUUAGGAACAUCAGAGGAAGGUGUUAAAGAAGAAGACAUGAUGCCUAGAAGGCUUUGUCUAGUGUGCGGGGACGUAGCGAGUGGAUUUCAUUAUGGGGUAGCGUCUUGCGAAGCGUGUAAAGCUUUCUUUAAGAGAACCAUACAAGCGAGUAAUUUCACAGGCAAUAUCGAAUACACGUGUCCGGCGAACGGCGAAUGCGAAAUAAACAAGCGUAGGAGAAAAGCGUGCCAGGCGUGUAGGUUUCAAAAGUGCCUUAGACAAGGCAUGUUGAAGGAAGGAGUGCGACUGGAUCGUGUUCGAGGAGGGAGACAAAAAUAUAGAAGAUCCACCGAUCCUUAUACGCCGGUGAAGACAGCUCCGUUGGAAGCAAACAUAGCAACAGCAGCUUCUAACGAAAUAAUAAAUAAUAAGAUGCUGGAAGCUUUGGCUGCUUGCGAACCUGACAUGCUACAAGUGUCCAAUAUCUCUCAUACUCUUGACACAGAUCAAAGAGUACUUGGACAAUUAUCUGACUUAUACGAUCGGGAACUGGUCGGAAUAAUUGGUUGGGCAAAGCAGAUUCCUGGAUUCAGUAGUUUAGCAUUAAACGAUCAAAUGCGACUUCUGCAAAGUACGUGGGCAGAGAUAUUGACGUUUAGUCUCGCAUGGAGGAGCAUGCCAAAUAAUGGUAGAUUAAGGUUUGCACAAGAUUUUACCCUUGACGAACGACUUGCACGCGAAUGCCAUUGUACAGAGCUAUACACGCACUGUAUCCAAAUCGUAGAAAGGCUUCAAAGAUUGGGUUUAACGAGAGAAGAAUAUUACGUCUUGAAAGCAUUGAUAUUAGCAAACAGUGAUGCGAGGUCAGAUGAGCCACAAGCGCUAUAUCGUUUUCGAGAUUCUAUCCUAAAUUCCCUAUCGGAUUGUAUGGCGACAGUAAGACCAGGACAAGCGCUUCGUGCCACUCAAAAUAUGUUCCUAGUGUUGCCCAGUCUCAGGCAGGUUGAUGGAAUUGUUAGAAGAUUUUGGUCUAGUGUUUAUCGAACGGGAAAAGUACCAAUGAACAAGCUCUUCGUAGAAAUGUUAGAAGCUGCUUAUUAUCGAUGAAAUAUCAACUCAAACUCAACAAUAUCUGUAUCAAGGACUUCAUGGAAUCGCUGUUAUUCGAUGGUAGCAGCGUUAUAGUUAUAACACGUCAUGAGUGAGUAGGGUACGUCCCUAGAAGUAUAAACGAAAGAUGGUGAGUGAUAGUGAAAAACGAAAAGAAACGGAGAUGUGCAGUUUUGUUUGUUUUCUGUAAGAGAAAGACUCGUAAGAAAGAAAAGGCUUUAUUUUUCAAACGUGAAAAGUAUUGGAGCGCAGAGCUUUGGCCAGUGAUUCCAUCGGUCAUCAAAAUUCGCGAAACACAUUAAGAUGUCAGGUACAUUGUUUCGUCGAAAUAACCAAACUUUCCUUUUCGAGUACCCCUUUUACAGGUACAAAGAAAAAAAAAACAAUGUUAUUUCAGGAUAGCAUACGUAGUACAAGAUACGAGAUGCUUUUCCGGAGCUCUCAUUUUAGGAUAGUUUACGAAAACCUGUCGCCAGACAGAAGAACCUACCAAAUAACUAAAACGUUUUCAUUUACGUAAGAUCGUGACAUGAUCACCGAACCGGUGAUAUCGUAGAGAUGAAAUGCAAGUGUACUAACUGUGGGUGUUUGACGUUAUAGAGUUAGCAUCGUGUUACCAAAUACUACCAACUCAAUCAAAAUUACAUGUAGCUCCGAUUCGAAUCUUAUUUUAGUUAUGUCUUUUCUCUGAAAAAAAUCCAGUCAAUUUGAAAUUAGAGGAACGCGAAGCGUGUAUGUUUAAGAGCGUUGAAAUAAAAUGAUAUAUGCCAUUUUAUAUAGAAUAAUUGCACAUUUUAAUACCAUUAAGUGUAAAGAUCGAUAAAUGUAAAUCGAUGUGUGUACUGCAUUGAACAUCCAUAGUUAUAGUUCAGCGAAUGAAUUUAGUAUGCGCUGUUGUACAAAUUGAACCAAUUACGUGAACAGAGCUGUGAACAGUGAACAAGGAAAGCGAAAGAAUGGCUGGAUCGUUCUCUAAUUAGCGUCACGCUGUUUUUUACGAGGUACUGUGAAAAAAAUGUUUCGAGAACGAACCUUUGGCCAGGUUGCCAGGUUCUAAGGAAAGCAGAAAAAAAUUUAACCGAUUGUUGAAAUGAUUGCGAAAUGUUAUUCGCGCGUGCCACACAGAGAGCGUAGGAGAAUAUAUAUUAUAUUAUAUUAUUAUAUUAUAUUAUAUUGUAUGUAUUCAGGGAUCUUUAUUAUCUAAAUAGUUAUUAUUGUUACGAGAUCUGUGCACAGAUCUUGCGCAUAAUAUCGCUUUUUUCGAAGCGAGGAAUCGUAAUAUCGUAUAGGAGCUACUACUCACACAUAAAACUCAUUUCUAAAGGAGGAAAAACCGUUUAUAACAAAUUAAUGGAGUCUUUUCUUUGUCGGUUACACGCAACGAAACACGAAGUUUCUAUCGACUUUCGAAUCAGCUUUUUGUUAUUUCGCGAUUAUUCGAUAUUAUCGAGAGAAGCAAAUUGUUUAAUGAAAAGUUAUAAAUAAAUAUUAGGGUAAAUUAUACGUUAUAGCAGAUCGAGUCGCUGGAAACUUUUUAGUGUUGAAGUGCGGUGUAAUCUUGUGACGUUCAGAGUGCAAUAAUAUCAGGACAUGCGAUUACAUUUUUCUACUGGUCAAUCGAUCGCGACGCCCCUUUGAGUUUUCUUUAUUUGUAUAUUUCGUCUCUGUUCUUCUACCGUUUGAAACUUUGUUUAAACCUCCUGCAUUUAAAUACACGAUGCAAAUAGUUGGCAGCAACGCUUA